GCGGUCGCCCACGCCUCGGUCGCUGCGAUAGAUUGCACGGUCCUCCGUUGGUUGCAGAGGACGGUCGGGAGGUUCGGUCGUCCAGCGUUGGAUUGUGGUACCCGAGGCCCGUGAUUGCUGGCAGCUCAGCAUUGAGCAGGACAGGAGAGUAGCAGUGGCAGCAAGUAGCAAGCCAGCGUCGAUUCCCGUGUAUGCUCGUACGAAGCAGAUCCACUCACGUCGUCAUCAACACCUCCUCUCUGUGCUUCGCUUUUUCGUUCGGCGCUAGUGUAGUAGCGUCUAUCGAGAGCGAGGAACGUGUUUUCUCGUUUUGGUUGUGAGACGAGUCAAGGAUCACAUAGAAGAAUACUCGGAGUGAGGAGGAAGGGAAGGGAGAAGGGAGGGAGAAGAAAGAAACAGACGUUGCGCGAUCAUUCUCCGGGUCGCUUUUGUGUUCUAGCUACAGUGGCAUACCUGCUGCCUCCCUUCUCACCCGGGAACGUUUCUGCUCCUGUUAUUCAAAUCGUACAGUGCCCUAUCUUGCUUAGUUCCUGCCUUACCGUGUGUUUUUCCCCCUCUUUUGGGUGUCGACUGGUUUCUUUGCCAAGCCCCACAUCAGUCAUUAAUUAAUUCUUGCGAAUGAACGACAACUCCAAGACACCUCAGAAAGGAGAAAGGCAAACUGACGAGGGUCGUGAAGGGCUGCGCGAGUGACUGUGUCGGUGUGUAGUGUGUGUGUGUGUGUGUGUGUGGGUGGGUGCGUGUGUGUGUGUGUGUGUGUGUGUGUGUGUGUGAGAGAGAGAGAGAGAGAGAGAGAGAGAGAGAGAGAGAGAGAGAGAGAGAGAGAGAGAGNGAGAGAGAGAGAGAGAGAGAGAGAGAGAGAGAGAGAGAGAGAGAGAGAGAGAGAGAGAGAGAGAGAGAGUCGGGAAUGUGUAAGGUGGUGUGCAAUAGUAGGUUCAUGACCAUGUGGAGGAAGGGGAGGUAGGUGUUGCUUGUUGCGACCGGUCCUUGGAGUAGUACAAGAGAGUAUUGCCCUGCAAGCUCGUAACGCCGUGCCAUUGCACGGCGGUAAGGGCGACAGGAGGGAGGACGACAGAGCUGAAGCCCGGAAAGAGGGAAAGUGAACGAGAUGGAGGGUGGGGGGAUACCUCCUCGUACAGUAGAAGAAGUAUUUAGAGAUUUCAGCGGCCGGCGUGCUGGCAUGUUAAAGGCAUUAACCGAGGAUGUGGAAGAUUUCUACAGGAAGUGCGAUCCAGAGAAGGAGAAUCUUUGUCUGUAUGGAUAUCCCGAUGCCACGUGGGAGGUCGAUCUCCCGGCAGAAGAAGUUCCACCGGAGCUGCCAGAGCCCGCACUUGGCAUCAAUUUCGCUCGAGAUGGAAUGGAGAGAAAGGACUGGCUAUCGCUAGUCGCUGUUCACAGCGACGCGUGGCUGCUCGCUGUGUCUUUUUAUUACGGCGCCCGAUUCGACAAGAAUGAGAGAAAACGUCUCUUUCAUUUGAUCAAUGAUCUUCCAACCGUUUUUGACAUGGUAACCGGGAAAAAACAAGUGAAGGAGAUGAAACCCAUUAACAGUAGUGCUAACAGCAAGAAGACCACGGGAAAUAAGAAUGCGACAUCAUCGCAGAAGAUCUCUGGAAAGGUGAGAGCUGCGCAUGUAGAAACAAAGCCGCCAAAGCAACAGAAGGAAGAGGAGCCAGACGAGGAUGACGAUGACGCAGGAGAAACGGUUUGUGGCAUCUGCGCAGGGCCGUAUGGCGCAAACGAGUUCUGGAUUGGAUGUGAUGUGUGUGAAAAGUGGUUCCAUGGGAAGUGUGUAAAAAUCACUCCUGCAAGGGCAGAACAUAUCAAGCAGUACAAAUGUCCAACGUGCAGCAAGAGGGCACGCACGUGAGUUUCAAGUGUCGACUGCGACUGGAUAUAUGCUGAAUGAAUUAAUGCGGCCUUCUGCUGGACUGAGAAGGUCUGUAUGUUUGUGUGUGUGGACUGUUUCAGGGACGUGUUUGUGUCUUUUGUAUCAAGAGAACUGGUAGUAGAGGAGCAGAAAUGGGGAUGGGUAAAUGGAGAGAGAGAGAGAGAGAGAGAGAGAGAGAGAGGGAGAGAGAGGGAGUAAUUUUGAUGAGGCUAGAAAGAAAGGAGAUUGAAAGAGAAAAUAGUGAGGGAGCAUUCUACUUGAUGGAAAGAUGACUAGGCUUGGCCAUGCUAUUAGGAGGGUCGGCGGGAUCUGGUGUGCAUAAUCUAUAUAAGGUCGAAGUAUGGUGGAGUCUGUGAUGUCUGAGGUUACGCCAGAAAUUGGUUUGCCAGAGGAGUGCUCUGUCUUGUGGUCCCCACAUCAGCUUGGCUCGAUUUUGGUUCUGACUGAAACACAGUACAGGCUUUUGAUUAGUGUGGCACGUAGAGCAUGUGGACUGAGAUGAAUGAGAAUAGUAAUCGUGGCCUGCAGAAACGCAGGAAGCAUCUGUUCGAGUGACGGACGUGGAGGCGGAGGCGGAGGCGGGAAAGGGAGGGAAGGAACUUUGAGACAGGGGGACGAAGGGUAGAUACAUAGAGAGCGAACGAGCGAGCGAGAGAGAGAGAGAGAGAGUGGAUGGCUUUCCACUCUUCUGGAUGCAGUCAGGCUCUAUUGUUCCAACUGAAUUCUCUAUAUCCUGAUGAUUCAUAUGGAAUCAGACGGUUACACACAAGGCUUGCUGAUGGAAAGAAUUCCUCUAUCGGGCUUUUUGGCAGGAAGGAUGAGAUUUUGGUACCGGUGAGAGACCCGUUACAGUGGAGUUGAUGUUUGUUUGAGGAUAAAUGAGGAACAAGUUCGUGUUGCCAUUUGCCAGUGUCUGGCGUGCGAUGAUAGAUAAAUGGUAUCUGCGGUGGCACGAGGGGGUACAUACUAGAAAGUAUGCUCCUCCCAUAAAUACCUAUGUUGGAACAUAUCAAUGGUGAUUACUUCAACAGCUGUGUGGACCGAAGGGGCCGGCUAUAUCUGUUUUAGGAUCUCACACUAAUCCUCGUCUUGUACGACCAAGCCAUCGGCUGGGUUCAGGGGCAAAGAUGGAACACAGGUGGGAGGAGGGAAAGGGGGCACAGCAGACUGACAUCAGACUCAGACGGUUCGUUUAGACACAGCAAGGAGUACAGGAGGGGGUGGCCAUAAGUUGAGGUUGUUUUUCAAGCUGGAGCGAUGUCUGGUGAGGGCGGACGGUCUCUUGUCUCUCCUCCUCUUUCGAACGGUGUAUAGGGCGGGCUAUGUUUCGUGGCGACCCACAUCUGCGAUUGGCGGUAGUGGAUUGCUGUUCUUUUCCUCUGUCCGUUUUGUGUUUGCACUUAAUCUGCUCUCAAUUGUGCAAUUUUUCAUCUCUGAUCUAUACUGUGGUUGUGGUAUGGGUUUCGGAUUUUAAGCGCGAUCCAUUGCCUUUAGGUUCUUUGCUUCUUUCAGGUUUCAAUUGCUUUGUGCUUGUGCUGGAGCGGAGGAAGGUAAUCUAUAUCGUGUGUAGAACAAAACCCAGGUUAGUGAACAGCUCUCACCUGACCGAAAUGGGGGGUGGGUGGGGGGCAUGGAGAGAGAAGAGGGUGGGUGUUGUCUUUCUGAGAGUUGCAUCCUCAUCCUCUGGGCAUGCAGGCACUUCACAACAGGUUGGGCCUCUGAGAGUUCAGCAGUUAUUCUUCAAAGGAUUGGAAUCAUGCUCCGUUGUGGAAGCACUGACCUUCAUUUUUUGGAGAGCUGCGUCGUCCUUCCCAUGGAUUUGCACAACAAUGCACACACUCUACAACAGGGCCUUCUUUAGCUAUAAUGUUUUUGAGUCCUGUGAUCGUGCUCCAUGUAUAUGUGUUAACUUGCUGUUGGUCCCUCCGCCCUCUGCACCCUUGCUUUUGUCGCUUUAAGACCGC